AAUCUAAAUUGGGGACUUGUGCUAACCACGCUUCCAAACAGGCCUCCACGCACUAUACUCUUUUCUGGGUUUUCAUUUCCCCCAAAUCCCCAUUUCUCAGAGCACCCCUCAAAAAACAAUGUUUGGCCGUCUCGCAUCUAAACGUCUGUUAGAGAUCCGUCAAGUUUUCCGUCAGCCCUCUCAUCAGUCUACUAGAUCUUUAUCCACUGCCUUAAACUAUCAUAUUGAUACCCCAGAUAACAAAUCAAAUGCUCCUUGGGAAUUCAGUGAGGCCAACAAGCCAAAGGUAAACGAGAUUUUGUCUCAUUAUCCAUCUAACUACAAGCAAUCUGCAGUCAUUCCGCUGCUAGAUCUUGCACAACAGCAGCACGGGGGCUGGCUUCCUGUCUCAGCAAUGGAUGCGGUGGCAAAAGUUAUAGAAGUUGCUCCAAUUCGUGUGUAUGAGGUUGCCACAUUUUAUUCCAUGUUUAAUAGAGCAAAGGUUGGCAAAUACCAUCUUUUGGUCUGUGGAACAACCCCUUGCAUGAUUCGCGGUUCACGGGACAUUGAAGAUGCCUUGUUGAAGCACUUGGGAGUGAAGCGAAAUGAGGUCACAAAGGAUGGCUUGUUUUCUGUGGGAGAAAUGGAAUGCAUGGGUUGUUGUGUAAAUGCUCCUAUGAUAACUGUGGCUGACUAUUCAAAUGGAUCAGAAGGAUAUACCUACAACUACUACGAAGAUGUUACCCCAAAGACAGUUGUGGAAAUAGUUGAGGCAUUAAAACGAGGGGAAAAGCCACCGCGUGGCACACAAAACCCGGAGCGUAUCAAUUGUGGGCCCGCAGGAGGGAAUACUACAUUGCUGGGUGAGCCCAAGCCUCCCCCAUGCCGUGACCUAGAUGCAUGCUGAACCAGAAUUCUUUCUUUCAUGAAAUGGAAAUUUGAAUUCAUUGUGGCAAAUGUUUUACUUAAUAAUGUUAUGGCUUUAGAUGUUUGCCGACAUCCAUGAGUUCAAGCUGUUGUUGAAGUUUGUAAUGCAUAAUCCAGUAGCAAAGUUUUGCCUACUUUAUUGAAAAGUAUGGAGUCGUUGCUAAUUUGUAACUUCAUUAUUGUAUGGAGUAUGGUUUCGACUUUCUUAUGUUAUAGCAGAAAACUAUUUGUUGAAA